UCCUCAUCCUCUCCCACUCGCGUUCUCGAAAGUCGAAGCCAGAGUGAAAAUGGUAAGAUUCUAAACUAUAGCAUUAGCAGGUCGCAUCAGAAGAAAUUUUGUGAAGCUUUCAUGGCCUUUCAGAUUGAACCUCCCAACGACCGCCACGAACAGCUCCCAAUUCAAUCCAUAACCCACUUCUUCCACUCAGCGACCUCCAACAUCUGCUCCCUUUUCGCCAAUCCCCAAUCCAUUCCGCCAUUUUCACUGCAGCCAUCCUCUUCCAGGCUAUGUAUUCCAGUCGCAUUUCCAGCCUCUCGUAAACCCCAAUUUGUCCCCCAUUCAGGUUUUGAGUCCGCUCACCAUGGCCAUGAUUCCUCGAAAUCUGCGGCUGUGAAGGGUUUGCCGUCAUCGGCCGAGUUUAGCUCCGGUUUUCCGUCCACGCUCAGGAUUUCGGGGCUCAAUUCGGAUGGAAAAUCUGGCGGCCCCGCCUUUGUUGGCCAGGUCUUCAGUAUGUGCGACCUUUCUGGGACUGGUCUGAUGGCAGUCUCGACCCACUUCGACAUUCCAUUCAUUUCCAAGAGAACCCCUGAGUGGCUUAAGAAGAUGUUCUCAACCAUUACUAAGAGUGAGAGAAAUGGCCCCAUAUUCCGCUUCUUUACUGAUUUGGGCGAUGCAGUUACAUACGUUAAGCGGUUGAAUAUUCCAAGUGCUGUGGUGGGUGCAUGCCGUCUUGAUUUAGCAUACGAGCAUUUCAAGGAAAAACCUCAUUUAUUUCAAUUCAUUCCGAGUGAGAAGCAAGUUAAAGCAGCAAACAAGCUUCUUAAAGGGCUACCUCAAAAUGGUGGAAGCAAAAGGAUUGAUGGUGUUCCUGUGUUCAGUGCCCAAAACUUGGAUAUUGCAAUAGCAACCACUGAUGGGAUAAAGUGGUACACUCCUUAUUUUUUUGAUAAAAAUAUGCUCGAUAAUAUUCUUGAAGAAUCUGUUGAUCAGCAUUUUCAUGCUUUAAUCCAAACUCGGCGUUUGCAGCGCCGAAGGGAGAUAGUUGAUGAUAAUGCAGCCGCAGAAGUUCUUGAAGAGAUUGGCGAUAGUUUGUUGGAGCCCCCAGAGGUUCAAGAAGUGAUGGAUGAGAUGGGCAAUCCUGGAAUACCCUUGAGUGUCAUAUCUAAGGUUGCUGAAAUGCAGCUUCUUUACACUGUUGAUAAAGUAAUUCUUGGAAAUAGGUGGUUGCGUAAAGCAGUUGGUAUUCAGCCGAAAUUCCCCUACAUGGUUGACUCAUUUGAGAGAAGGAGUGCAGCUUCUCUCCUAAGAAUCUCAGAGUCUGCUAGCAGUCUUACCGACUCUAAAUCAGUAAAGGACAGUAAAGAACUUCAGUAUAGUUCAUCACCUCUGAACAUCCAAGAUAAUAGGGAAGCCAGUCAAGCACCUAAACAGCAUUCGUUCAAUCCUUUUCAAAAUUGGUUCAGUCAUCUGUGGUCAAAACAAAAACAAAGAAACGAUGUUCCUCGGGAACCUAUGAAGCAAAAUGUGCAGCCAAGUCCUUUUCUCCCCAAAAUAACAAUGGUAGGUAUCUCUACUGGUGAAUCAGGGAACAUGAGUAAAGCCAAUUUAAAAAAGACCAUGGAAGAUUUGACUAGAGAACUAGAGCAUAUAGAUCAGGGAAAUGCUGCUUGUCAUACUGGAUACGAGUUCAACGAUGAAGAAAGGGACCCAUUAUUUGUUGCAAAUGUCAGUCAUUUCUGUUCUGGCUUGGCAAAGGCAGGUUCAGCACGGUGGGUUCGGGGAAAUGAUUAAGGAUAUUUCUAUAAGGAUGUGUCUGAAUAGAUUUUUAAACAACUCCAGUUUUCCCAGAUCUGAAGAGUGGUGUGAAGUUACAACAUAAUUACUUCCACUGGGGUUUUGUUUUUUACAUUUUCCAAUUGUAAAAUCACAAACUUACAUUUCAUAUGCGCCUAUUUGGGGCCGUGUACCAUAGUUGCUUAGAUGGUUUUAAAAUGGUGUAUUAUGUUGUAUCAUCAGAAUGGAAAGUGAAGAGGUAGAAGGAAGAAAUCCCUCUUGUUAUUUUUUUCAGACAAUUUUGAGCAAUAAGCGAAAAGGGUUUUGAUGAAACUUUCAAGUAUGUGUAGCUGUAUGCACAAAUAUAAAUAUACACUUUCCCCAGAUUAACUCAA